AUGAAGGGUAAAGGUAGUUUUUUUUUUUGUUGGAUUUUCUUAAUUUCGUUUCUAUAUUUAAUAAAUGUAAUAGUAUGUAAACAAACUAUUCUUAAGUUAUCAUAUCAAAUCAAUUCUUUUAAUUCUGAUGCCAAAAAAAAGGAAUGGACUAAUAUAGGGUCCUUUAUUUUAAACAGUAUCAAAAUAUAUGAUAUAUCGAAUACUUAUGUUGAAGAGAAAAGGAAAUUUCUUGAAAAAAUGAAAAAUGUUGAAUUACAUUUUGAUUACGUUUUAUUUCAAUUAUGUUAUGAUGAAAGUAAAUGUUUAGAAACCUAUGUUAAUAAAGAAAACAUAAAAAAUAUAAAUAAUUUUGUGUUUUUAUUAGGAUUAGAUAAUAAUUAUACACCUUUUAUAUUAAAUUAUAAAAUAUAUAAUCAUGAAGAACUAUACAAUCAAAAGAUAAAUAAAUAUAAUAAUGAAAUAAUAUAUUCAAAUCUUUUUAUUAUUAAAUUCCCUACAGUAUCAACACCCAUAAAUAUAAAUAAUAUAACAACAGAAGAUAUUCAUAUGAAACCUAAAACACAAAAAAAUGAAAAAAUUAAUGAUCAAAAUCAACCUAAAUCAUUCUUACGUAAAUAUUGGUUUAUUAUACUUAUAUUCUUCUUAUCUUUUUCAUUUUCUAAACACUUGACAGAAAAUGAACCCCAGCCACCAGAUAACACAUCAUGA